AUGUUUUACGCUGGUGGUGAUGCGCAGCUGUUUGCUCAACACAUUCGCCGGAAUGUGCUUCGUGUGUUCAGUGAUGCGUCCAAUUCUGUGAUCAGUCAGCAACUGGGUGAUUUAUGGCGCACAGUACCUCUGCGAUUGCGUAACCAAUAUGACGAUGAAGCAAAUCGUUUAGUGAAAAUUCACCAACUGGAAUUCCCGAAUUAUAAAUACCAACCGAAAAAGCGAGUCCCUUUGAAUAGUCAAGCGAAUUCCAUACAAAAUGGAGUCUAUUCAUGCCUGAAUAACAACGCCACUAGCUGCUUCAUCAGUGGAUCCAAUUCGUCCCCUGUCAUCACGAGUACGGUCAGUCACACUUCGGUGAACUUACUUCAGUUGACAACAACAACGCGGGAUAUCGUAGAUUGCGAUCGUAUAAUCAAUUGUCCUCGUGAGGUUGAUUCGUCUAGAAAUGAUUUGACAAAUCGAUCACGUUUGACCGUUAGUCAGGCACCGACUUCAAGCGCAACAUCUCAACUGCGCGCGAACGUUUCGAUAGCCCCCACUGUACGGGUGGUCAGUCCAGCAAAGGCUCCUGUGAGAACAGUAUACAAACGUUUGGAACCCAAACGUCAGAAUUCAAUAUUUGGUUCCGCACACUCGGGAAGCGGUGCUACCGCCCAUAGUCUUUCUUCUGUCCUACCGCCCUUGUUGACCUCAUCUACUUCGUGUCCUGUUUCCGGAUCGAUGCGACCAAUCUCUUCCUCAACCACAGAUCCAUUCCAAAUCGGGUCAUGUGACUCGGCCUAUGGCUCAGGGAUCAAUAGUUCAUCGUCCUCUUCGGCAUCUUCGCCAGCUGUGCGAGAUUUACUCUCGCCCGCUAAAUCGCUCGCAUCAGCCUCUCAGAGUGGCGCAAGGUCUUCACCCAUUCGGCGCAAAAUUCGGCCACUAUCUCAACAACACUCAUCACAGCAGACACAACAACAUUUAACCCAACCGGGUGAAUAUCCUGCACGUCAGCGUUUCUUCUCUGCGCACAGUGAAUCAACGAGUUCAUUUAAUGUCUCUCGUCCGUCUAUAGAGAACCCGACGACACCAGAUAUAGUGUAUUUUAUACCAUCCUCUUGUGGUUCAUCUUCGGCAUCACCAUCAUCAUCAUUUUCAUCAUCCACAAGCCACCACUCUAAUCUUGAUAUAGUGGAUGAAGUACACUCUGGGGUCCAGCCGAUUGUUUUAACCACCACCACCAGCAUCCAACAACAACUACAAAAGCAUCCAAAUCAAUCUCAGGGCUUUACUCCGGUCUAUGUUAAAGUCGAUGCUGCUGCGUCGCGACCGAAUGAAGGGUUGGUUCUUGCUUUCCCUCCAGGAACAACUUUUAUCCAAACCGUGGGGAAUUUAGGUCAUGUGCAGUCGAUUCCGAUACAGUCAGGCUUUGGAAACAGUAACAUCGGGAGUAUUUCGGGUGGUCGAAAGGUGUACAUGACCAGUGCCGGUAAAGCGAGUCCAACUACAUCAUACACCGUUGGGCGAAACGGUUCUGGUGGUGGUUCUCCUAAUCAACUUCUUCAACCGGUAAAAGUAAUGAGCGUUAUCGGACGGACUGUUCGUGCCACGGAUCCCAUACAUACACAUCCGGGAAACCAUUCCACACUGGACGAACUUUCUUCGGUCACAUCAUACUCUCCUAGUUCAUCUGUCUACUCCUCCACGUCGAACGAUCCAUUCAUUCCGCUGCAUGAUUCUCAGUUCGGUACUGAGGAGAGACUGAAGCCGGAAUUGAUUGAUGAAGAUAAUCAGAAUUCAAAGAGGGAUGUGUUGAUCAACAAUAAUGCGAUUCGUAGGCGCUUUGAAGCUCGCUUUGAUACCGGUUGUAUGCUGCAUACAACGGAUCCUCAUAAUUCAGUCCAACGUCUUCUAAGUAAACAUCAAUUUAACAUGGAAGUUGAACAAGCCCCUGCGACUGAGAGUGUAGAUGCAACUUCUUGUCCAUCUCCGGGCGCUUCCGGUUGCCCAGCAGAGACUACUCCCGGGGUUGAACCGAACUCUGGAAGCAUUAUUGACUCGACCGCUGGUCAAACACCCAUAACUGAAUUUCCCAUGUCAACAGAAGGUGAACAGAUUGAUACAAGUUUUGAUGCCAUGAUGAAUUCAGUCGAUAUAACAACAUUCCUUCCUGGCACAUUUUCAACUGACGAGGACCAAUUAGUCGUCGAUUCAAAUCCUCCCAAACUGUCAUCACCACCCGGGUUGGAUUCGAUCGAUGAGGAGUCUUUUGAUUUCCCACAGCUGAUCACUUACAUCGUUCUCGGCAACCUCGUCCGCCACUUAUUCAGUCUAUGCCGUUUCGCCACUAACGGAUUGGAUGCGCUGGACAAAUCAAGCCUGUUCAUGAUCAAACCGGAUUGGCCCAUUGUUGCUUAA